AAGUAUGCUUUGUCACAUGGUGAUGGAUCAUUCAAGGAACCUGUAUUUUUUGGAGGUAUAUUUAAAAAGUCAACAAUUAAGAAAAGUCUAUCUUAUCUUGACAUUGUGAUAGAAUUAGUUAUAAUGAUUGCUUAUGAAUAUAAUGUUUACCUUUAUACCUUUAUGAAACUAACGAUCAAGGUUAUAUUUCAUGUUUUUCCUGUUUGUCUGUAUUUUCAGGAGACCGUCUCACUGAUGAACGAGUCCAGUGUGCUCAAGCUGCAAUGAGGAAUGGGCAGACUCCCUCUGAUAGACUUGAAGGGUUCAUUUCUAAGAUUGAGGAUUUUCAUCGGCUCAUGAACUUCCUUGAGGCAAUCCACAAACAGACUUACUCCACCGAUUCUGCAUCAGAUAGGGGAACUCUUCACUACUACAGAAACCUUACCAAUGCAAGAGGAGCAAAGGGGAAAGUAAAGAAUGCGUACAGGGAUUAUAAAAUGCUGUACAACGCCGUCCUGGAUGCAAUUUGUAGCUUGAUAUUUUUGAAAGAAUCUGGAAUGAAUGAUUUGGAGGGAGACUUUCUUUUCCCAGAUGAUUUCCCUAAUUUUUCAUCUAGAGACAAAAUCAUGUGGUUUAAUGAUCUGAUAAGGCCAAUGAUUCAGAAAUACUUUUUUGAUUCCAAAACAGACAUUUUUGAUAACACGAGGGAAAUUGUAAGUGACCAAACACAUCCAGAAAAUUACUGGAUUUCUAAUCUUCAGGACGGCCGUUUCAAGUGUCAUCAUUGUGACAAAACAUAUGCUCAAGCUGGCAGUUUACAGGUUCAUGAGAAGAAAAUCCAUCAAGUAGAUAUUCCCAAACCAAGGAAGAAGAAAUAUGUACCAGAGGAUGAGUUAUAUGACUACAUUUUAAGUGUAUUCAAACUUGUGAUUUUACACAAAAAUUUAGACACAGCAGUAGAUAUGGCCGAUGGACCAAGAAGUGUGAGAUCAGCAUCAUAUGAACUACCAUUAUACAAUAAAACUAACAAAACCAAGUAUUUAAUUGGAUCGAUACAUUUGGCUGCUCUUACAAAAGAAGGAACUCUUCCCUGUGAACUGCGCGAGACUCUUAUUGCUAACCGAUUCGUUAAUCUUCAGGGUGGACGAAGUAACAACUUAGCUUUAGAUGAAUAUGUAGAACUUCUAAAUAGAGACAGCAAAAUAGUUUGAAAUGGAUACCAAACGAAAGAGAGUAUCAUGAGACACUCCAAGGAAUUCCCAUUACUGGUGAACUUCGUCAAGCAUUUAGAAGCUGUGUCAGACAUUCGGGGUCGAAAAGGAUUUCACACCAUUCCCUCCUACAAAGGAGACGUUCAAAGAAUUUUGAAAGACCUCCAAGAAAUAGAGGCACUGAGUGUACAUCCUGGCAGGAAAUUACAAUGCAGGAAAUUGACAUGUGACAAAGACAUUUACAGAUAUUGUGAGCAAGGUCUGUCAAACCUCAUAUAUAGACAUCAGCCUGUGUCUCCCUAUUGUCGUCUACGAAAUCCUACAUUUUGAAAUGUGUGAUUGUGCUGUAAAAUAGUAUUGUUAUAGCAGUAAAAUGUACAAUACUGCUGUUUUAUAUUCUUGCAUAUAGGAUUGUGUUUGUCCAUUUUAUUAUAAAGAAUUAUUUUGACUAAUGCUUGUAUGCAAUCCUGAUAACUUUGAUUGUAAUUCAUUGU